AGCCAACAAUCUCAUAUCCUUCGAAGAGACAUAUAAAGUAUAGAUAAGGUCAGCCCCAUCCAUAUGGACAUGAGAUCAGAGAUAUCAUUGUGAGUUUAUAAAGAAAUAAAUGCAAUAGCCUUAGUCAACACAUAUAUGGAAGAAGGUAAAAAUUUAGAAAGUUGUAAACUAAGAGGCUAAAUUCAUGAUUCAACCACAGAUUUAAAUAGUACUCUUUAGGAUUAUAAUUCAGUACGCGAAAUCAAGUCUUAAUUCUUCGACGUUGGAUCAGAAUCACACAUAAACUAAGUAGUAAAUGAAAUGUUAAGUAAGAGUGAACAAUUCUUCACUAAUCAGUCACUCAUUGAAUGGAGUAAUGCAAACCCAAUAAAGUUGUCAUUAAUUAUACUUACUACUACCCACACGGCAGAAGCUUUGUUCAAAAUGCGUCUAUCCUAUGUCGCUCUUCACACCAGUCUAGCAGCUUAACUGAAGGAGUAACAUAACAAAAAUUACAGUGAGUACAUUGUAGAAUGAUAACCUAACAUAUACGACAAUAAGCUAUCAAAGCAAUCAUAGAUUGAUAUAGAUUGCUGACUCGCUAAAACACAACACCUAACAAAGGCCAAGUGUAACCAAUGAAAGGGACUGCAGUAUAGUGGCUCAAGUGAUAAAUAUCGAAUCCACGGGUCUCUAGAGUUACUAUUACUCAGCUUUAGUUUAUUAUUUAGCAAAUCAGAUUAAGAUGAAAGAACUAAAACUACUCUAGCAAACUACAGUUAAAGUUAAUCUAAUUACUGGUUGGGAACUCACUUAGGUAUGAUUCCCCCUAGCCACUAGCCAGACUAACGAUUGAUGAUUUCUAACUUGUUUCACUUUCAUUCACAAUGCGGAGAAUCCUUGACUAGACCUUGAGUCUCGACUAAAGGAACAAGGCCCUCUUGAGUCAAUUGCCUAGAGGGACGUAUCCUUCUCUAGAACAACUGAUCAAGGCGUUCUGAACUAGACUCCCUCUAUCGAAAGGGGUUCUCAAUCGAUACAAAGCAGUGAAUCAACCCUCGACUAAAGCAAUCGAUCCACUACUAUCAAUCUAUGGUGCUCUAUUGACCUAAUCAGGUAUUCCCUCUCAUAGGAUCAAAGCAGAAUCAAUAAUCUCGACUAAAGCAGAAUUGAAUCAUGAAAACAUGCAUAGAUUGAAUAUGAACUCAAGAUUAUCCAGUCAGAGUACUCAUACAAUCAUCCAAUCAAACAAACAUAGCUAGGGUUCCUCAAAACCUAAGUGAAGGGAAGUUACUCCAUAGAGAAGAGAGAGACUGCAGUAAGAAUCUUCAGAUGAUCAGUCUUCAAGUCCGGGCUUGUUCCUCGAGCUUCCAAGGCGAAGAAAUCCUCCUUCUCUACUCCAAGAAUGCCCUCAAAUCGCCCUCUCUCUCUCUAGGGUUCGUCCCUUGGGUGUUUGGGAUCCAAAACCCAGCUCUCCUCUUCUUUGGUUCGGAAUUUGGCUUAAAACCAGGAAAUCCCGACUCGCACGGCCAGGGUGCACGGCCGUGCAUAUCACCAUUCUGGCCGUGCAACUCAAAACGCAGCGUGUCAUUUAGUCGAACUUCAGCCCUCUCGCACGGCCAGGGUGCACGGCCGUGCGAGCUUCAGGGGUUGCCCGUGCGUGUCCUCGGCAUAAGGCGCACGGCCAUAUUGCUCACGUGCACGGCCGUGCAGCCUCCCUGGUCUGCCCGUGCAGCUUGCUCAGCCUCUGUUUAAUGCUUCGUUUCUCCCUUGUCCGGACUCCGAAUCAAUCGCCGUUUGAUCCCAGACGCUCGUAGUCUCGUCCUCUUUCGUUUCAUAACAAGCUUUCAUGAUUCUUUGUCCAUAAAGUGAGGUAGAAAUC